AGGUAGAGCGCCACCUUCGUGCCACCACGCCCACCAACCACAUGCCAGCACCCAUCCAAGGCCAUUAAUGUCCAGGACCAUCGGCCAGAGCAGGAUCACUGAAGAACUCCUCAGACGCCAUGGGCCGCUUUCUGCUUCUGUUAACCUGCACGCUCGUAUCCAACUACCUCCAUCCAUGGAGAGGGGCCGGCGCACAGUCCAUGUUCACUAUAAGGGACAUCAGCAUCUCACUUGAGCCCGGGGACAACGUGAUGCGGGGCACCAAUGUGACUGUGCGCUGUGAGGCGUUGGUCAGCAGCUCAGGCGCAGGGCCACUGAGUCGCGAGUACACAAUCUACAAGGACGGCGUCACUGUGUACACAAAGACUACCAGCAGCUCCAGCGACCUCCUGUACCGUCUUCCUGACGCCCGAGUGUCCAACACGGGCAAGUACAAGUGUAAGCUCAACAUCGAAGGCAGGAAGGUGACCAGCGAGGCCAAGAAACUCACAGUCACGGGUUUGUCUACACCCCUGCUUCAUUUGAACAAUGCUGUUGUCAGUGAAGGGGAAGAGCUAACAGCCAGGUGCACAGCGCCGGGAGAAACAGGGUCUAUCAUUUUCUACUUCUAUGAUGACUCGAAGGAGAUCCUAGAGGACAGGGUCAACUCCAACCAGUCCGAAGUCAAGCUUCGCUUCAAUGAUGUUGGCAUCCACAAGAUGAACUGUUCCUACACCGUCCUGGUGACACCAUUCUUCUUCAGGUCUGACAAAAGCAACUCUGUCACCGUUUCGGUCAAAGAGCUUUCCAUUACACCAGUUUUGGAGAUUUUCCCUUAUAGCAAUAUCUACGAAGGAGACAGACUUGACAUUAUGUGUACCGUGAGAAGCCUCAUGGCCGACAUGCAUGGAAACGUUCACCUCUACCUGAGCCGUGGGACACAGCUUCUCAGCAGGGGGGACACUAAUGUCAACCACAGCAUGAUUGCAUUGGCCAAGGACUCCGAGGAGUUCGAGUGCAGACUGGAGAUGGGAAAUGUUGUGAAGGUGGAUACGAAAAAGAUUUUGGUGACUGAACUGUUUUCAGUGCCUACUCUCACCAUGUCUCCAAGCGAAGUCUUUCAAAAGGAGUAUAUGACUCUGAGCUGCAAAAGUGACACUUUUGCUUCAGAGAGGAUCCGCAGGGACCAGUUGACAUAUAGUUUGGAUCCACCAGAGAGCCUCUUGAUCCCGAAGAGCUCUGGCGUGUUUUCUGGCAAAGCUCCAGUCUACGAUUUCAACUACACCUGCAUCGCUCAAGCCAAGGGCAUUAGGAAAUACAGCAGACCGUUGACGGUCCGUCCUAAAGUAACUGUGUCAACGCCAAAGAUCUCAGUGGUUGGCAGCGCGGUGCUGGGACGUCCCUUUAAGGUCCUGUGUAAGUCGGACUUUGGCAGCCUGCCCAUAAACUACACUUUGCUGAAAGACUACGACCAGCUGAGCAUGGCCAUUGUAAAAAUGCCACUUGAACAGGCUCUGUUCACCGUCACGAUCCAUCAGCCCGGCGAAAUAAACAAGUUCAUGUGCGAGGCCAAGAACAGUCAGAAGGACGCGCCGCUCAGCAAAAGACUGGAAGCUAUUGUUGUUGUGCCGCUAUCUCAUCCGACGCUCACAGUCAUCCCCGUCUUGCCGGAAAUUGCGGAGGGAGAUCAUCUGUUCCUGAUCUGUGGUGUGAAAGGCACCCCGCCGAUCACCUUCAAGUGGUAUCGAGAUGACAACAGAAGCCCGAUCUUCACCACCACCACAGACAUGAACAAUACCGACUACCAGAUUCAAGCUCUGGCUAAAGAUGACAGUGGCACCUAUUACUGUGAGGCCAUCAAUCACGCCAAAAAUGUGGUCCGCAGCGCACCGGUCACCAUAGUAGUGCGCCUGGCCCUCUGGAAGAAAGCCGUUAUUGUAGGCUUCUGUCUGCUCCUGGUGUCGGUGCUGGUGGUGGUGUUUGUGCUGUGCAUCAGGUCCAAGAGAGGUAAAAGGGAAGCAGCUGCUGAAUUGUCAGUAAAGCCUUCGAGCCCUAAAUCAGAUGACUCUUUAACAGUGAGGCUAACCCACGACACAGAGGUUAAUAAUGCAGCCCCAGACGGAGUGCCACACUAUGAUGGCAUGGAGGGGAGGGUGACCAAUGGGACACGAGCUAGCGCGGUGUCGCUUCCCACUGACACCAGCAACAGGAGCAGCUUCAGUAUUCCAGCCACAGUGUAGAGAUGCCCUGCUCUGCAAGGGGCGGGAAGUCACUAAAAGAGAAAACACACACACACACACAAAAACAAUGUUAAUGAUUCACCAAAAAGGAACAAUUUUAGAUCAUUUUUCCAUGUAGGGGGAUUUGUUACAAGAGAAAUGACUCGCCUCCUGCUGCUCCCUCUCCCCUCCCCCUGCAAUCUAGAUGGCCUGUGUUUGUUGUCUAUUUUUUAUUUCUCAUUUUAUUUAACAUCACCGUCUUUGUCCUGUGUGCUUCUUUGUAUGCCAUGCGUCUACAGGUGCAUGUUUUUACAAUGUUGCGAGCAUCAUUGUUGAGUGAUUUUUUUCAGAACCCUUUUAUCACCGUCAUAGGACAUGUGUGUGUAUAUUUUGGUUCAUAUCUCGACUUUGCUCAAAUCAUUUUAGAAUAAAUAAAUUGGUUCUAUUUA